UACCUACGAUGGAUGCCCGCUGACCUUCCAAAAUAAACCAAAUGGGGUUUCGAUAUAUUCAAGCACAAAUAAUAAGUUGGUCAUGAAUUUGGAAUCGUGUUCCCUUUGAUGCCAUGAACGUAUAUUUUGCGUGAGCGUGAGUCAGGUCCAUUAGGAGUAUGGCUGCAUGCUGUCCAACAAUCUCUGAUCUUCCAAAAGUUCUAAGAGAGAAGCUAGCACAUAUUCUUGAUGAGAGCAAUACUCCUACCUGGCGGGAACUAAUCCAUGUCAUGCCACCAGAUAUGUACAGAGCUCACCAAGUUGAGUCGUUUGCCAUGGCAACCUUGAAGUGCAGGAGUCCUACUCAGGAAUUAUUUGAUGAUUUGGCUCGACGCAGUGUCACACUAGAUGAGCUAUCAGGUUGGGUACAGAAACUGCCACAAAGCAAUAAAAAGCAGUCCAUGAUUCAACUUCUAUAUGGACAUCCAGUUGUUACCAGGCAACCAGGAAAUAUAAUGGUUGCUGUAGGAGCAAAUGCUGUGCUAUCGUGUGGUGCAACAGGUCACCAGCCUCUAAACUACCAAUGGUUUAAGAGCAAGAAAGCUUUAGAAGGGCAAACUGGUUCCCUCCUUCGUGUUAAGAAUGUCUCCAAGCUUGAUGAGGGGCAUUACAUAUGUCGUGUUGCAAACUCUAAUGGCGACUAUGUGUUUACUGAAUGGGCAAAGCUAUCUCUUCAAAAUCCCUCGGAAACACAUCAGUUCAGUCGGCCUAUCAUCACAAGUCAACCCGAAUACCCAGAAGUCCACACUGUGUUAGGUGGGACGCUUCGCUUGUACUGCGACGCCCUGGGGGACCCUGGGCAGAGUAGCUCUGGCUGUGUGCUUGAGACAGGUUCUUUAAUUAUCAAGGCCUUGUGCUAUGUUGUAGCAAAUGACAAGGUGGCGUUACUAAUCGGCAACAAAGAUUACAAAAUGGCGCAGCACCUCAACACUCUCUUCCAUCCUCUGAAUGAUGUGUGCGACUUGGCAGGCGUAUUAAGAAGCAUAGGCUUUAAGGUUGUUUCGCUUGUGAAUCUCACCCUGAAGGAGAUGGAGUUCGCCCUGGAUGAGUUCUACAAACUGCUGGUCAAAGACACCUAUGCACUCUUCUACUUUGCGGGUCAUGGCUUUGAGAUAAAUGGACAGGGCUAUCUUAUGCCUAUAGACGCCACAGAAAGGUAUCAUCCGCAGGAAAACCUGCCCGCGUGGAAAGUGUUGGAGACCAUGCAGAAUAGCGAAGCAAAACUAAAUAUCAUCGUCCUCGAUUGCUGUCGAACAACGCCAAACGAUAAGCCAAUCGAGACGAUACCAGUCGACAACGGCUGUUACCAACCGAUUGUAACCAAGGCGAAUGUGUUGGUCAUCCAUGGAUGUUUACCGCAGAAUUCAGUAUUCGAGUCUGAGGAUGAGAGAAAUGGUUUCAUUGCCAAGCACCUCAUUAAGCUCAUCGGCCAAACUAAGCCGCUUUCCAAGAUUAAAGUUGAGUUCUCAAAAGCCAUUCAUGAUGAGAAAAUUUAUGACCCCGAAGAUAGAAAACAACAAGUCGUGCACAUUCAUACCACUGAGAUCGACGACAUGUGCCUAGCUGACAAUACAGCGGUACACAUGCAAGGAGCAUGCGCCGUGUCUGGGAGCGAGGGCUGGAAAGCAGCGCAUGAGAUCCCGGAAGACCCCGUGACCGUACAUGAGCGUGACGGGGUCGUGGUCGAACUCGUCUUCAUGGCGGAAUUCUCCAACGCGUUGCUCGUCACCGCGCGCUGUCGCCCCGACAACUACCACGUGACAUUCGACAUGCCUGAGUGUGUCAGCGGUUGUCUCGUUACCAAGGUAACGGGCAAGGAAAGCACUAUUCCACAGCGUUUCUCAAGAGCUGAGUCCGCGAUACGAAUCGCUGACCUUCAAAGGCUGCAGGGCAACCUUGAGAUGGUUCUCGUGCUGGAAUUAGAUAAUGAAGAGCCUCGUCGAAUAUGUUACACGAUGCGAGAGAAACCGCUGUUUGCCAAGAUUGCUUGCCAGAACUAGACAUCGUCGUAAGGUUUUCCUGUGCUUGAAUAUGGACCGCCAGGAAGCAUGGGGUCUGGGACGAGCCCAUAUAGUGCAGCCCAGUCCCUGACGUUCUUACCGGGUUUCCUGUGCUAGCAGAUGAACCGUGAGCAAGUCCGAUCAGAAAGCCUGGGGCUAGGCUGCAUAUGAGAAGACAUGAUUAGGGGACUUGAAGUCAGUUCGACUUAGUAGGGAGUUCGAGUUAUUCGAGAAGAAAUAGCUGAAAAUCAGUCUCUAGGGAAAUUAAAGUCAGUUCGAGUUAUUGGCGAGUCUUUAUAGUAGAAAUGACUAAAAUUAGGCAUUCCUAAUCAGCGGAGAGUUCGAGCUAUCGGAGUUUCACUGUAAGACAUCACUUUGGUUUAGCAGGAGUUCGAGUUAUCAAAUAUUGUAGUGUGACUGGGGGUAGAAUACUGUUUUAUGUUGUAAAUCAAGGAGGAUUUGAUCUGAUCUGGGUUCGAUCCAAGCUCCUGCUGGCCAAUGAAUCCGCUUCAAGUAUUUUGAAUGACAGAAGCCGAUAAGCUGUUGGGAAUUGUACAUGCGAGAGUUUGCAUAAUUUGCCAAAGAGCAUCGACAAAGAGUGUUUCGUUGUUGGUUCGACAGAAACCGAUGUGUAUAUAGCUGGUGUUCUCUUUUUUAAAAAAGUAUACAUUUUAUAACUUUUUUUAAAACGAGUUGGGUCAUAGACCCUUUGAAUAUAGGAGUGUGUCGUAAAAACGAUUUUAAUGGUAACUAUGAUAAAAACUUAUAGAAUAAAGAAACAACCAUCCUCAAAAAAA